GUCUGUGACCACCUGAGUUACACAGAGUGGCCGCACCUAACAUUGCAACGAAGAAUCUAAAGUCGUCUUUCUCAAAACCUUGUGGGCUCCUAUGCACCAUGUUCAUGUCUAACAAAUUUCUCGCACCUAAAUUUCUCUUACCUAACACUGAAAGAAAGAAUCCAGAGUUUUCUUUCUCAAAACCUUGUGGGCUACUAUAAACCAUGUUUGUGUCUAACAAAUUUCUCAUACCUUACAUUUAUAAAGUGAAAAAUAUAGCCUAGCCUAAUAAUGUCUCUAUUUCCGCCUAUUCCUGGUGUCAUGGGUAGCAAAAGUCAUCAACCAAUUCACGUAUUCUUCUUCCCUUUGAUGGGCCAUGGCCACCUGAGACCAACUAUAGACAUGGCCAAGCUAUUCGCAGCAAGAGGUGUGAAGGCAACGAUUGUUACUACUCCUCGCAACAUGCCUUUAAUCUACAAAACUUGCGGCGUCAACAUUGAUAUCCAAAUCAUCAAGUUCCCGGCUGUAGAGGCUGGCUUGCCGGAAGGAUGUGAAAAUAUUGAGUCACUGACUUCCCUAGAAAUGGUUCAAAAUUUUAUCAAAGCCACUAAGAUGCUCCAACAACCUCUCCAGCAAUUACUCCAAGAUCACCAACCUAGUUGCCUUGUUGCCGACGAUUUCUUUCCAUGGGCAAAUGAUGUUGCAGCUAAAUUUGGAAUUCCUAGGCUUGUUUUCAACGGGACCAGUUUUUUCUCUUUGACUAUAUGCCAUGCUAUGAGACGAUAUGAACCUCACAAGAAAGUUUCAUCUGAUUCUGAAGUUUUUGUCAUUCCCAAUUUUCCAGGGGAGAUAAAGUUGACAAGGAAACAACUGCCAAACUUCACUCAGCAAGAAGUUGAAACGGACAUUACCAAGUUAUUGAAAGAAGUUACGGAAGCAGAGUUAAGUAGCUAUGGGGUUGUUGUUAACAGCUUCUAUGAGCUUGAGUCGGAUUAUGCAGAUUUCUAUAGGAAGGUUUUGGGAAGAAAAGCAUGGCAUAUAGGUCCAGUCUCACUCCGUAACAAGGGUGCUGAAGAUAAAGCCCCAAGGGGAAAGGAGUCUUCUAUUGAUGAACAUGAUUGUUUGAAGUGGCUUGGUACAAAGAAACCCAAUUCCGUCGUUUACAUUUGUUUUGGGAGUAUAGCAAACUUUAGUGAUUCAGAAAAUUGCUUUAGUGAUUCUCUGCUCAUGGAGAUCGCAAUGGGUCUUGAGGCUUCUGAACAACAUUUCAUUUGGGUUGUGAAGAAUGGCGAAAAUGAAAAAGAAAAAGAAGAUUGGUUACCUAAAGGAUUUGAGAAAAGAAUGGAAGGUAAGGGACUAAUUCUAAGGGGUUGGGCACCCCAAGUGUUGAUUCUAGCCCAUGAAGCAGUUGGAGGAUUUGUGACACAUUGUGGGUGGAACUCGAUCUUGGAAGGAGUGAGUGCAGGGGUGCCGAUGGUCACAUGGCCUAUGAGGGCUGAUCAGUUUUACAAUGCGAAGUUAGUGACUCAGGUACUGAGAAUCGGGGUUGAUGUUGCUGCUCAACAAUGGAAAAGAAUGGAGGGAGAUACUAUCAAAAGGGAAGCAAUUGAUAAGGCAGUGAGGCAAAUUAUGGUGGGUGAAGAAGCAGAGGAAAUGAGAAGUAGAGCCAAGAAACUUGGGGAGAUGGCAAAGAGGGCCGUUGAAGAUGGGGGAUCUUCUUACUCUGAUUUGAAUGUUUUAAUUGAAGAAUUAAGGUCUCAUUGCCCUUGACCUUUGACAGAAGAAAUUGCCAAUAUGGUUAUUUCGUCAUUAAAAAAUAAAUGGGGAUUUACCCUUGUUUUUUUUGAGAAAGCGGGAUUUACCCUUGUUGGUUAGUGUGUGUGAGUUUUACCCACUUAAUUAUUCUUCAAUAAUUGUAGGUUAUGGUCCUAAGAAAUAGGGAUCAAUAGUCCAACUAGAAGUUAUAAUACUAUAAGUUGGAGAUAUGUGUCCACUUACCUACU